GCCACUCCCGAAACCGUUCAUUCAGGUUCACUCUCUCAUCCUAUUCACCGGAAUUUCACCUCGCCGCCACACACCAUGCCAUGCCACUCUCCCGAAAUCAUAAAGGAUGGCUCUGGGACCUUGGACUCAAGGACUUUCCUGGAUGAUUUUCUUACUCCAGGAAACCUGUUCUGUGCAAUCGCUUAGUGUUGAUGCCUCGAAUACCCUCUCAGCACUGAUCAAACGGAUCGUUACCAUGCUCCGCUGUCGUGAAUUUUCGUGUGCUGCGGCUAUCAUUCUUCAUACUGUUGAACAAGGACUACGGGAAAGGACACCGGGGCACACUCUGGGGAGGCACCAUAUCUGCGGAUCGUUAGCAUUGUCCGUCACUGGACGCGUACACGUUGCUUCAUUGAUUUCACAGGUCUUGGUAACUGACCGCUCCGUGCUCAAUGUUCUUUCCUGUAAUCGCCGAUGACGGAUAACCGUUCGGUGCUACUGACGGGAGACACGGACCGCAUCAACUCGUUUUAGAGGGUGUACGUGUUUGCGGGCUCCCUUUGAACGGUCUGAUAUCAUACCACUUGACCUUCUCCUUCACGUCGUAACCUACUCGCAUCGUUGGCCACGUUUACAUCUUUCUUGACAAGUCUCCCAGUGAUGCUGAUCG